AGGCAUUGCUUAACUUCCAAGCCCUCCGAUGUCUACGUCCAGCCAGUCAGGAGAUGAAGACCAGAACGCAUUUUUGGCUAAAAUACCCCAUCCUCUUUCAUCUUCAGGACCAAUGAUAUCGUCAUCGCAAUCAACGUCGCCUUUGAACUUGAACGGUUUCCCACUAGAAGUGCUGAUCAUAGUGCUAUCUUACGUAGAUCCGUUAACUCUUCGAAACAUUCCGCUUGUCUGCAAAACCUGGAACAGCAUUUUGCAAGACGAUACCAUCUGGAACGCCAUCUUCAAGCUCCAAUAUCCCUACAAACGAGAAAUAUUCUCUUCGGUGACGAGAUCGACACAAUUCAAGACUGAGUUACUUCAUAGAACUCAGUUGCGCUAUAACUAUCGACGAGGUAGAUUAUUGACACAGCAAUAUACAACAAACCAUUUUGUCAGCGGUAGCUCGAUUGCUAUUGACUGGAGCAGAAACAGGUUGACCAUCAUCGACCUUCCCCGUUCGGCAAUUCUCACGUGUGACAUACGAAAUGGCAAAAGCCCGAAGUUUGCCACAGAUUUUGUUCCGGAAGGUGUGACAAGCUAUGAUGCUGGAAAUACAUCAGGCUCCCUUCAUGGAAGCCGGGUAUUGGUAUUUGGCCGCUGGGAUGGUUCCGUAUCAGGCGCUUUAAUCGACUGGAAAGGUCUAGUCUUGUCGGAUGUUCAUAAUUGGGGGUCCAUGUCUGGUGGUAGGGUGACAUGUGUCACUGCAUGUGUCAAUUCUUCAAUCUCCACGAAUUUUGCUGCUGAAAAGAAAGCCAAUCUGCCUCCUAUAUCUUCUCUUACUCUAUCGUCUCCUUCCUCGAUUUCAUCUUCCACAACAACCUUGUCUUCAACUUUGAAAAAGAACAUAAUUACAUCUCCUCCUUCAUCAUCCCAUAACAUAUUGACAAAGUCAGGAAUGGCUGGUGCUUUUAGUGCUGAUGAAACAGGAACUAUUAACGCCUGGGAUAUCAGAACAGGCGAGUGUCUCUGCGAGUACAAAACAGCAGUUAACAGCAAAAUAAUUAAGCUCCAGAGUGACGGUAAAACUGCUGUCAUUGUGUUGUUCCAGAAUGGAGAAUUAUGGUUAUUGAGAAACGUAUUUGGAUCACUAAAAGGAGAUGAUGUCAAGGUCAAGUUUGAGAAAAUAGGGCAAGUUCCCUUUGACCGCAAUGGACUAAUCACCCUUAACCUAUUUAUCGAUUAUGGAGGUGAAUCGGUAGUUGUGUGGAAUGAAAUUGAGGUACUAGUUUUAUCUUAUUCAAACAUAUCAGAAGCAAGUCGUCAAGUUCAAAACCAUGAUAACAUUAUUAGCUACACACCACCCGAGCGUACAUUGAUAAGCUCAGUUUCUUUUGAAAGCAACGAUAAACUUUUCAUCAAAAGAGACCCGAAGAUAGUAGGGUCAGAUCCUUUGUUGGCAGCCGUUUUGCUUAAUAAUGGUAUCGUUGAUGUGAUAAAUAUCCGUGAACCUCCUUCUUCUACAGCGUUGGAACCGAUUAACACAAUCGUUCCAAAGUUUUUAAGUGAACAUGAAUCUGGAGUUUCAAUGAAUUAUUCUGAUACACGAACUUCACCGGUUGCGUCCGUAUGUUUAAACUCUUUGGUUUUGGCUAUUUCGAACCAUCUAGGUAAAGUUGAGCUCUUUGAUGUUAUGACCGGUGAAUAUUUGAGGACAGCUAUAGAUCGAGUAGGGAAAAAGAAACUCCAAGAGCUUGAAGGCCUGUUACCAAACAGACUAAUAAAUAGCUCGAUCAAGGUUUAUCUUGAUGACUCUAGCACGAGGGGUGUUUUAAUAAUAGGUUCUCAUAUCCAAUAUUUUCUUUGUGGAGGGCCUAAGAAUGACGAUGAUGCUACAGGUGUCAAGAAGAAGACGAAAUCAGGGAAGCGUGGUAACGAUAAGAAAGGUGAUUUUAGCGAAGACAUGAAACAUUCUAUGAGUGUAUACGAGGAAGAGAAAAUGCAAAAGAAGAAAGAACGGGAGUUGCUUGCCAAAUACAACGGUGAAGGACUUGAUGAUGAAAAGGACCAACUUAAUAUGGCCAUUGUAUUGAGCAUGUCGUUGAACGAGACUGGGAAUAAGAGGGAAGAUUAUAACCUGAAUGGAAACUUGAACGAAUCGAGUGAUUCGUACCAUGAGGAUGAAGAGAUGAGACAGUUGAAUGAAGCUUUGAAAAUGUCGUUGAAUACAACGGAAACAACUGAAACAACUCCUAUCGAGAACCAUUCUCUGGCUGAUUCAAAUCAGCAAACAAAUACGGAGACGGAGACGGAUCCAGAUAUAGAGACAGACGAAGAUCUGUUGCUUGCCAUUGAGCUCUCGAAGCAAGAAAACAACAUGGACUGGGAAGCUGUGGAAGAUCGAUGGGAAAGUCUUGUACAUAAAUGAAGUGAUUCAAUUAUCCUUUUCUAGUUACUGCAUACCCUGAUAUUUUUUUUUCAAUUAUUUAGCAAAAAUUAUAAUGAUACAUAUAGCUUUGUUUUCUUAUUCAUAUAGAUAAUUGUUCACCUGAUC